AGGAGCUUAGAGAGGGGAUCUGCAUUGUAAGUAGCUCUGAGAGCAGCAAGUGGUGGCUGCUUUCAACCUGUUUUUGUUUUUUUUUCCCCUGAGGAAAAGACCAAGAGGGACAAAGAGGACAAGGACCCCGCGGGGGGGAACUCCGUAUUUAAAAGUCCGUCCUGUGUUUUUUGCUUUAAAAAAAAAGAAGAAGAAGGAGGAAAGAAAGGAAAGUUGAGAGAGGGCAGAGGAGGAGAGAAGCCGGGAGGAACACAAGGCAGCAAUGGAUAACGGAGCGGCUGAGCCUGACCCUGGGAUGGCCUGGAUUCACACACUGCUGCUGGCCUCCGUCCAGCACACACACUAGGCUGUGAACGCCAGCGAGCUCCCAUGUGCCCGCUCAACCAUGUUCCCUGGGUAUGGAUUCUCCCACAUUCCUGACUUCCAGCCCCACCUUUACUCUUUUUGCUGCCGAGGAGAAAGUCCCAGCAUGUGGAUCCCGGGUUCAGGGGAGUCCCAGGGUCCGAGUGAGUCCCAGGAGGGCCGGCCCCUCCUCCACCCCUGCCAUCACAAGCACGUCGCCGUGUGCCAGCAGGAAACGUUGGCUUUUAUCGAGCUGCAGCCGGCAGUGACUCCCAAACUAAACGGCUUUGGCCUUCAGACGCCAAACAUCAUUUCAGACGCACAACACACAGCUCACUCUCUGCCACUCAAUGACUUCAGACAGACGUUAAACGAACUGAAUGACAUGCAGAAGAGCGGCCACAUGACGGACAAUGAGCGUGAGAUAAAUUUCAAUUCGAUGGAUGACGGAGAGCUUGAGAGCCAAAGCGGCGAGAGAACUUCUUUGCAGGAGCAGAGUGAGAAGCCACGAACCGUCACGACGGUGUGUCGACCUCUGCAUUCGGCUCUCAGCCUUCCUCUGUCGUUCCCCCUGUCCUCCAUGUACACUGACACAGACUCCCUGGAAUCUCAGUUCCCUUGCUCCCCCUCAGCACCCGACUUCGGCAGUCUCCAGGCCUCAGACUGCUGCCAGCUUCAGAGGAGAGCGUCGCAGGGGUCUCUGAAGGAGAAGUCCAUCCGGCGAAAGAUGCAGGUCUAUUCUCCAGAAAGCCCCAGCGACGAGUCGCUCGGCAGCCCCAUCCUGGAGGCGGACUACAUCUUCCCCGGACCCUUUGCAUCUUUCCUAGAAGAGGACCUCAGCGGGUUAUCCUCGCUGGAUGCCGCCUCAACUCUUUCCUCCAGUGACGGUGCUGCAGACCUCCCGAACCUCAGUCAGGAGGACAUCUUCAGCGUAGCUGCAGAACCCCUGCAGAUAAUAGAAGACUCCGAAUUGUGCGCGGGGGGUGAGAGCAGAUGUUUGGAGACAUCGCUUCCCUCGGGAGGAAACUCUCAGACUCGCGGUCGCCAAGGCGACCAGGAGCGGCGGCGCUUCUCGGCCUCAGAGCUGAUAUCCAGGCUGCAGCUGUCUCAGAGGAAGAACUCCUUCACGCUGAAGCUGGGGAAGUCGCUGUCUGCUCGGGUGGCUUCCAGGGACAGACAGAGCUCCAACAGCCUCGUCCCCAACCCUGACAAUAAAUCCAACCACAGACACCGCAGCUCAGGAGGCUCUAGUGACAGCGCCCCCAUCAGUCCCGUCGCACCAACACCCAGCGGCGACAAUGGGAUGCCUGGGAACCGCUGGAGCACAAAAAUGGGGAUGCGUAAGAAGUCCAUAGAAGAAGACCUGUGCUCACAUGCAGCUGUUCCCAGCUCCAAUCGACUGUCACGCUUUUUGCCGAGUUCGAUCUUGUACCAGGAGUACAGUGACGUUGCCAUCAACAGAGAGAUCCAGAGGCAGCAGGGGAAGGAGCCGGGCACAGAGGAGGACGGGCUCAGGGACGAGGGGUCCGACGGGACCCCGUCUCCAUCUAAUCUGUCCCCGUCCAGUUCCUUUCGCUCCUCGCGAGGCUCCGCUUUCGCUCUGUGGCAGGAUAUACCCGAUGUUCGGACCAGCGGCCAGCUGGACAACUUCAGCAACGAGGAGAGGAAACUACAGGAGGCCAAGUUUGAACUUGUGACAUCUGAGGCAUCGUACAUUCGUAGUUUGACGAUUGCGGUGGACCACUUCAUGCUGUCUCACGAGCUGGCCGACUGUCUGGGAGCUCAGGGCCGGCAGUGGCUUUUCUCCAAGCUCCCCGAGGUCAAAGAUGUCAGUGAGAGGUUUCUCCUGGAUCUGGAGCACAGGCUGGAGGAAGAUAUUCUCCGUUUUGAUGUCUGUGACAUCGUUCUGGAUCACUGUCCGGCUUUACGAAAGGUUUAUUUACCUUAUGUAACCAACCAAGCUUAUCAGGAGCAGACAUACCAGCGACUACUGCACGAGAACCCUCGUUUCCCCGGGAUCCUGGCCCGCUUGGAGGAGGACCCGGUCUGCCAGCGACUUCCUCUGACCUCUUUUCUAAUCCUCCCCUUUCAGAGGAUCACACGGCUUAAAAUGCUUGUGGAGAAUAUCCUAAAGAGGACAACGCCGGGCUCUCGGGAUGAGGACACUGCCACCAAAGCUUUUAAUGAGCUAAAAAAGAUCAUCAAAGAGUGUAAUUCCAGUGUGCAGUCAAUGAAGAGGAUGGAGGAACUCAUCCACCUCAACAAGAAAAUUCACUUUGAGGGCAAAAUCUUUCCGCUGAUCUCUCAGUCUCGCUGGCUUGUAAAACACGGCGAGCUUCUGGAAGUGGACACUCCAAUGAUGAGUAUUUCUGGAUCAAAGCUCAAGCUGCCCACCAGGCCUGUGUACCUCCACUUGUUCAACGACUGCCUGCUGCUUUCCAAGAGGAAGGAUACGUGGAAGUUCAUGGUGUUUGUCCACGCCAAGAUUGGAGACUUAAAAGUGAAAGACCUCAGCAAGAAGCUGCAGGGCAUCUCAGGCUUCAUCUUCCACCUGCAGCUGUGUGAAGGCCAGCAGCUCAAACAUCAGAUCCUGCUGAAAUCCCACACCGAGAGCGGGAAGCAGCGAUGGAUCACUGCGAUGUUUCCAUCGAACCCGCUGCAGGACAUCGAGCAAGCCACUGAAAACGAUGAUAUAUCCCAGGUUCAGUGCAUCAAAAGCUACCAAGCCCAAGAGCAUGACGAGUUAACGCUGGAAAAGGCCGACAUUCUCCACGCUAAGACUAUCACAGGCGAUGGCUGGGUGGAGGGCAUCAGACUCUCUGACGGGGAGCGGGGCUGGUUCCCCAGAACCUACGUGGAGGAAAUCACGAGUCGCAGCGCGCGCCUCCGCAACCUCAGAGAAAAUAUCCGCAUCAAAUGUGUCACUCAGAAACUGAAGGGGAAAGACUGACCGCUUUCACUGCCAUUCCAGCAUCUGAAAGCUUCAGGGUGGUUGUUUUAAUUCUAGAUAGGCGCAGGGCUUCAGUGUGAUAUAUGGAUGUUAAAAUAAGCCAAGAGGUUUACCGUUUUUGUAUUUUUUCUAAACCGAAUGUCAACAGUUUCCUCCAGCAUACUAGAGAGAGCGCAAAGCUUUUAUUUCAUAUUUCACACAUUUAAAUGAAAAAUAAAAGGCUUUUAAUGACUUUGUAUACAACAGUUCAGAUGAAAACCUUUUUUCUUUACCCGUUUUGUUGUUAAACCUUUUUAAUAGCAGUUACCGUUGGCUGAAACGUUUCAUUUAAGAAUCUGAAAUCAGGUUAAAGGAAGCACUCAAACCAGCACUCAUGGAGCCGGAGAGGUGCAGAAGAUCCAUUCAUCUAAUCACCACAUGCAUCAAGACAAAUCACAUCCCUUCUCUCGUGUUGCGACAUGUUCUGCAGUCGGCUUAUCCUGCAGAAAACUGCAGCUUUGAAUGGAAAUGGAUGCCCGAUCGGAUCUUUGCAUAUCUGAAUCCCUCCGGCAGUGAUGAGACGUGAAUCUGGCCGUGUACGGGUGUCGCUCUUCAUCCUAUGCCAAAGGCCUCACCUUUGUGUGCAAUGUUAUGAGCGAGUCAUGGGGUGACGUGUUCCUUCACUACCAGCAGAUCCGAUAAGUCAGUCCCGAGCAUUCGCCUGGAGCUGCAAAUAUUGAGCUCCAAACGUGCAUCAAUCCCGUGAAAAUAGUCCCCAACUAUUGCACUAUUCCAUUGUCUGAGUGCACAUCUGUUCAGGACAUCAGCUAAUCUUUCAGACAAUCAGAAAAUUACAAAAAGCAGUAACACAUUUGGCUUCUCGAGACACUUCUGGACAAAGAAGGAAAUAAUACUAUUUUUAUUGUUUAAAGCCACUCUAUGUAGCAAUACCAGCUCUGAUCACAAAGGACAAAUACAUCUGCUGCAUUUACAGACAAGCCACUGACAAUACUGUUCUAAUGAGUGGGGACAGUCUGGCACGACCUGUAAUACCACUCUGUCUCUGCAGAGGUGCACUGCACCAGGGCCUGAUGCUGUUAAUGACCCCUCCUCUUCUCGGGUGAAGACAGCAAGUGUCAGUCAGUGCAGCUUUGGAGAUGUUUACUAAUAUAAAAGAGGACGUUUAUGCACCUUCAGCACCUCUGCGCAUCAGCAAUGAAGUGGUGACCACAAAUGUGGGCGUAAUCAGCAGUUUUGGGUCCCACAGUUUCCUGAUUCCAUCCUCUCACGGCACAGUCUCAAGCCACAAAUCUAUUCUUUUACCACCCUUCUGUCUUUAAAGGAAGUACAAUAAAAUCACAAAUUUGGAUAAAAAAAUGACAUAUGUGUGUAUAUAUAUAUAUAUAUAUAUAUAUAUAUAUAUAUAUAUAUAUAUAUAUAUAUAUAUAUAUAUAUAUAUAUAUAUAUAUAGGCUAGGCACCAGUACGGAAGAGUAUUAGGGCCAGACAGGAGAAAAAUAAAUUAUAUUUUGGAGGAGGAAGAUUUUUUUUCAUUAUGCACUUCGAGAAAAAAGUCGAAAUGUCGAGAAAAAAGUUGAAAUGUUGAGAUUAAUGUCGAAAUGUUGAGAAAAAAUUCAUAAUGUCGAGAAUAAUGUUGAAGUACAAUUUCGAGAAAAAAGUCGAAAUGUAUUUCAACUUUAUUCUCGAAGUCCCAACAUUAUUCACGAAAUUUCGGCUUUAUACGCGAAAUUUCGACUUUAUUCUUGAAAUUCUAUUUCAACAUUAAUCGCGACAUUUUGACUUUUUUCUCGAAAUUGUAUUUCAACAUUAUUCUGGACAUUUCGACUUUUUUUUCGACAUUUCGACUUUUCUCGAAGUGCACAAUAAAAAAAAAAUCUUCCCCUCUCACAUAUUUUUUCUCCUGCAUGGCCCUUAUACAUGCAGGAAUGUGGCCCUUGAGGACUGGAGUCUGAGACCCCUGAUGUAAAUACUGUUCCACGUCAUUUGCUACAAAGAGUGGCUUUAAAGAAGAUACUUGGCUAACACACCAAAUUAAAUUUGGCUAUAUUUACAUUAACAGUCGAUGCGGUAAAUAUUUGUAUUAAGCCACCCACCAGCAGAUUUUGAAAGCCCUUGUCCGGGUUUAGCACCAGCUGAAGAAUGCAUUUGUCUCACACCAGUAACAGAGUGAAAUGGUGCUGGCACACAUUUAACACGAGCUGGGUUCCCCUCAGCCAGCGUGGAAAGCCAUAAACACUCAACAGCGCAGUGUAACUGAGACCUGUUGUUAAUGGAUCACAAUAAUCUCCAAUCGAGAGUGAACGCCUCCCGGUGGCACGUGAGAUGUUUAGGACCCUUUUGUUUUCAUGGGAAAGUUGUUAGUUGUAAUUUAAAUGGUUGCUGGUGCAGCAUGUGUAUUUAUAUUCCUCUAGAUUUUCGUGUAAAUGUAUUUUACUGUAGAUGGCUUCAUGUAUAAAGAAUAGAACAUGGUUCAUUUUAUGACUGUAAUUUAUAUGAAAAAGAUUUUACAAAUAGUAUUACAUUUAAUAGGCGUGGAGUUCAUGAUAACAAUAAUUAUAAAUGCCUGAAAUACACUGGAUGUUUACUGGACACUACUGUAAAUGUUUAACCACUGAAAUAAAUACAGAUACUUAUGUCA